AUGGCGCUCACCCGCGGGCGCGCGCGCACUGCCCCCGCCGCCCCCAGCGCCUGCUUCCUCCUGCUCCUCGUGCUCCUCCUGACCUCCUCCUCACUCCUCGCCCCCACCAGCCAAGGGUCCGAGGGCCGGUCAAUUCUCCUCGGUGCCGCUUCGUCCUCCUCCGGGAACGGACGGGGGAACAGCUGCGAGGAGCUGCCGUCCAUCAGCGGCGGGGAGGCCCGGUGCGCGUACCUCCGCGCGCACUCGCCCUGCUCCCCCGCGGGGUACGUCGACUACCUCCGCCUCUUCUACUGCGCCUUCGCCGGCGCGCCGGCGGCGGCGUGCGCCGCGCUCGCGCUGUGGCUGGUGGUGUUCUUCUACCUCCUGGGCGACACCGCGUCCGAGUACUUCUGCGCGUCGCUGGAGGGCCUCUCGGCGGCGCUGCGCCUGCCGCCCGCCGUCGCGGGCGUCACGCUGCUGUCGCUCGGGAACGGCGCGCCCGACGUGUUCGCCAGCGUCGUGUCCUUCGCGUCGGGCGACGGCGGCGGCGUCGGGCUCAGCAGCGCGCUUGGCGGGGCGCUCUUCGUCUCCACCGUCGUCGCGGGCGUCGUCGCGCUCGCCGUGGGCGGCGCGCGCGGCGGGGUCGUCGUCGAGUGGCGCGGCUUCGUGCGCGACCUCUGCUUCCUCCUCCUCGCGCUCUGCUACCUGCUGGCGGUGCUCGUCAACGGGGAGAUCACCGUCUGGGUGGCCGUGUCGUUCGUCUCGCUCUACGUCGGCUACGUCGUCCUCGUGUGGACCUCCCACUGCUGCGCCGAGAAGGGCAAGCCGGACGCCGCAAGCCUCUCCGCGCCGCUCCUCCUCGAUGACGACGACGACGUCGUCCCGUCGCUGCCGUCCCACUCCAAGACGACGGAGGCGCCCGGCACGGCCACGUCGAGGGUUAGAGCGAUGCUGCAUUGGCUCGCGGGCGCGCUCUGCAUGCCGCUGUACCUCCCGCGCCGCCUCACCAUCCCGGACAUCGCCGGGCACCGCUGGUCCCGGCCCUACGCCGUCGCCUCCGCCGCGCUGGCGCCGGUCCUCCUCGCCUUCACCUGGACCUCCUCGCAGCGCCACAACCCGAUGUCGUCGCACAGCGUCGCGGUGCUCGUGGGCGGCGCGCUCCUGGGCCUCCUGCUCGCGUUGCUCGCCGCGGCCACCACGGAUGCCAACUCCCCCCCGCGCGGCCGGAGGCGCCGCGUGCCGUGGCUCGCGGCGGGGUUCGUGAUGAGCGUGCUGUGGGCGUACACCCUGGCGCGCGAGCUGGUGGCGCUGCUGGUGUCCAUCGGGUACGUGGUCGGGAUCAAGCCAAGCGUGCUGGGCGUGACGGUGCUGGCGUGGGGCGACUCCCUGGGCGACCUGGUGUCGAACGUGGCGAUGGCGGUGCACGGCGGCGCCGGCGGCGCGCAGACGGCGGUGUCCGGCUGCUACGCGGGUCCGCUGUUCAACACGGUGGUGGGGCUGGGCCUGUCGCUGGCGCUGGCGGCGGGCGCGCAGCACCCGGCGCCGUUCGUGGUGCCCGCGGACGCGGCGGCGUACGAGGCUGUGGGGUUCCUGGUCGCGGCGCUGGCGUGGGCGCUGUUCGUGGUGCCCGUCCGCGGGAUGCGGAUCGACCGCGUCUACGGGGUCGGGCUCAUCGCCAUCUACCUCUGCUUCUUCGCCGUGCGCGUCUGCGAGACGCUCGGGCACUGGAGCUAG